CGAGACCUUUUCAAUCGCAAACUCGGUCUGGUAGGGAUGAGGAAGCUUGACGACAGUUUCGCCAGCUUGGAGGGCUGAGAACGUUCCUUUUGGCGCUGACAUUGUCCAAAGGGUCUAAGGAUUAAAGAUUGGAUACUAGCGAGAAGGGUUGGAAAAGGAUGAAAAAGUUGGACACGCUCGAGAAGCUAUUCACACCAGGAUACCAGGCUGCAUAAAUGGGAGAAGCAUUCUGCGUGGAUGGCAUACCAAUCAAUCCCGCAACUUUCCAGGCCAUUGCAUAACUUUCUCGGCUUUGGUGCAAUGAAAGACUAGUGGUAUUUUCGAGACGACGGCAGAAGUGGACUUAGCUUGCCAAGCCGUAUGGCAGCGAGAUCCCGAAGAUCCCCUACUGUGAGUUGUGCAAACCAACUCUGCUCAGGGUCAAGAUUAUCGUGUGGGUCAGAGCGGAUCUGAUAACUCAAGACCAGCCACCCCUGACGCCCAACUUGUUCCUUUUUGGCUGCACACGCCCCUCCUCUUUUUCCGGUCCUCGGAGCUGUUUACCUAAUUCCCAGGAUCAGGGUCUAGGUAUUGCCGAUCUUGACCGCUUGGAAAGACUAGCAGGAUCUGAUAAACCACUCAACCACGCUAAAGGUUCUGCAGGCUCACCAGUUGACCACUGGUGGUGGGGAGUGCCGGCUUCAUGAUCCUUGCAAAAGUCGGUUCCAAAGGGUUUGAUGAAAAGAAUGGCCUGAUGAAUGCCUCAAGACCGAGUGUACCUGGAACCUCCGUUCCGCGGACAUUGUCUGUUCUCAGCGGUCCAAGGCACGCAUGCUUAACUCUCAGCAUUGCAUACCUAGAUAUUGCAGCCCCAGUCAAGGGCAUAGGGCCGUUUUCUACCAUUUCUGUGGUGUAUGCUUAAGCCACUCAAGUCUGCGAACAGCCAUGAGCUUGAAAAAGACCCAGCACUUCUUGUAAGGCAUGUAAGUUACAGGCUCUCAAUUCUGCCGAUAUGUGUCAAUAGUGAUGGAGGUGUUCGUGCGUCAGUUACUUGUCGAUCGCCGCUCAUCUGUCAACUUGGCCGAUACUUUGACUUUGUGGCAUGCACGUUAAGACUGGUUGGCAGCCCGGUAGCCAGGUACCCUAUGAGGAGACAAUGCACGGACGAACAGACAAUUGAGCGAGGGGAUGUCCGAUCCAAUCUUAUCAAUCAAAUCUGAUCUGAAUCGCUCGUACGGAUACGCAAGACCCUCUUCACUGCAAGAUGGAAGAUGAUCAUGUCUGAGACCUGAAUGCUUAUUCCCGAUGAUCAGCUGUUAAUCACAUGCAAUUACUGGUCCUUUCAUCCGGAGUAUAGUACAUACAUAGCGAUGAACAUGGGUAUAACGAAUCCUUGGUUGGAAGCUGUCGAUCUCGUCUGGCUUCUCCGCUUUUCGUUCUCAUUCUUGGUGUUCCUUGAGCGAAGGUAACCCGAGACACCGUACUCGGAAUACGGCAACGGCACGGAAUGAGCUGCAUAAAGCGAUUCAUGACGUGUGUGUUCUGAACCUUAUUAAUGGCUAGGUUCAUAGUCUUAAUGCAGAGGCCGAUGAUCUAAACCACAUGUACCAAGGCUUCGAAUAAUGCUUCACUUUGGCUUCUUUCAAGUCUAACAAUGCCAAAGACCCUCAAUUUGAUUCUUUCAGCU